AUGGACGGGAGGCCCAAUGCGCCUCAAGCUUCCAACUACAACAACAACAAUAAUUUACUGGAUGAACUGGGGAAUUCACAGCCAGUCUACGGUUCAGGGCAGCGCCCUCCCGUAGACGACUCGCAACUCCUCAACGUGUUCAAUAUCGAUGACUCGGACGAACCGCAACCGAGACCAUCAACGAGCUACGAUGACUUCGUCGGCGGAGGGCGGCCGAUCGCUGCUGGCCAAGCGCAACCGGCAGCGUCAUCAAGUCGACCCUUUACUGCUCCGUAUAUGGACAGCGGUACUCGAAACUACUCCCAGACCUCGGACCUGCAGAACUACGCAAAAUAUGGAGACGGGGAGGAGUUAACCGAAGAAGAGUCGGGAUACAAAUACUACGACAAUGCAGGCCCCUCAGACGAGCAUAUCCCAGGUGGAGGUGUCAAAGUGGUCGGACGGCACCAUAGACGGGAUCGGACUAGUCUUAUGUCCAUGACGGGCGUCAUGGAUAGAGCAAAAGGGAUGCUGGGGAUACGGAAUAGCAACUAUUCUGACAUGAAUCUUCCAUUGACGGAAGCUGGUAUGCGGAACUCGAGAGUAGACACAGCUGGCACCGACGAGACACCUCCAGUCCGAGAGAAGAAGGAAUUCAGUUUCGAAAAUAUCAAAGACAUGUUUACGAGGAAGAAGGUCGACCCAUCCACCCUAGGACCAAGGAUCAUACAUCUCAACAAUGCUCCAGUGAACGCUGCCAACAAAUGGGUGGACAACCAUGUUUCCACCGCCAAAUACAACGUCGCAACUUUUCUGCCGAAGUUCCUUUUUGAACAAUUCUCCAAAUACGCCAACUUAUUCUUUUUAUUCACGGCCGUCCUGCAGCAAAUACCUAAUGUAUCCCCCACAAAUCCUUACACAACUAUAGUCCCGCUGAUGAUUGUGCUGAUGAUAUCUGCUAUCAAGGAACUCGUGGAGGAUUGGAAGCGAAAGACGGCAGACAAGACUUUAAACGACUCCAAAGCACAGGUCCUCAAGGGUUCGACUUUCGUGGAGACGAAAUGGAUCAACGUCGCUGUUGGUGAUAUUGUCCGUGUGGAAUCGGAAGAGUCUUUUCCUGCCGACUUGGUACUCCUCACGAGUUCCGAACCAGAAGGGCUUUGUUACAUCGAAACCGCCAACCUCGACGGUGAGACCAACCUCAAAAUCAAACAGGCAAUUCCGGAAACGGUACACUUGGUGAACCCUGCAGACUUGGGAAGACUGAACGGACGGAUAAGGUCAGAACAGCCGAACAGCAGUCUCUACACGUAUGAGGCGACAUUGACCGUCGCUGGUGGAGGAAGCGAGAAAGAACACCCCUUAACACCCGACCAGCUACUCCUCCGUGGAGCGGUUCUCCGUAACACUCCCUGGGUCCAUGGGGUUGUUGUUUUCACGGGCCAUGAAACGAAGCUGAUGCGAAAUGCUACCGCUACGCCUAUUAAGAGGACAGAUGUGGAACGGAUGCUCAACAAGCAGAUUCUGAUGCUCGUUGUCAUACUUUUAGUUCUCAGCGCAGUCAGCACGAUUGGGGAUCUCAUCGUUCGCGCAACUGCGGGCCAGAAAUUGACAUACCUCUACUACGACAAUUUCAACGCCGCCACGCAAUUCUUCAUGGACCUUUGCACCUACUGGAUCCUGUACUCCAACCUGGUCCCACUGUCACUGUUCGUCACCGUCGAGAUCGUGAAAUAUUUCCAAGCUUUUCUCAUCAGCAGUGAUUUGGACAUGUACUACACCGACACCGAUACCCCAGCGGUAUGUCGAACUUCGUCACUUGUGGAGGAGCUAGGGCAAAUCGAGUACAUUUUCUCAGACAAGACGGGAACCUUGACUUGCAACAUGAUGGAAUUCAGGCAAUGUUCCAUUCAUGGAAUUCAGUAUGCCGGUAUGGUGCCGGAAGACCGAAAGGCGACAGGCCCUGAUGAUUUGGACGGUAUUCAUGAUUUCAAGCAACUCCGUGAGAACACGAAGACGCACCAGAGUGCGACAGUCAUUCACCAAUUCCUCUCACUGCUGGCCGUUUGUCAUACUGUCAUUCCCGAACGCAAAGACGAGAAAUCGGAAAUCAAAUACCAGGCUGCAUCUCCGGAUGAGGGCGCUUUGGUUGAAGGUGCUGUCAUGCUUGGAUACCGAUUUGUGGCCCGGAAACCACGUUCAGUGAUUGUGCAAGUUGAUGGCCAAGACGUAGAAUACGAGCUACUGGCAGUUUGCGAAUUCAACUCCACAAGAAAGCGUAUGUCCACAAUCUUCCGGUGUCCAGACGGAAAGAUUAGGAUAUACUGCAAGGGUGCUGAUACAGUAAUCAUGGAGAGACUGGCCAAAGAUAAUAUGACUGUGGAGACAACCUUGCGGCAUUUGGAGGACUAUGCCACCGAAGGACUUCGAACACUGUGUCUUGCUAUGCGCGAGGUUCCAGAACAAGAGUACCAGGAAUGGCGACAAAUUUUCGACAAAGCGGCUACCACGGUAGGUGGCAAUCGUGCCGACGAGCUCGACAAAGCAGCGGAGAUCAUCGAGCACGAUUUCUACUUACUGGGAGCAACUGCUAUUGAGGAUCGUCUCCAGGACGGUGUGCCAGACACCAUUCACACGCUGCAACAGGCAGGAAUCAAAGUCUGGGUUCUCACAGGUGACCGACAGGAAACCGCCAUCAACAUCGGCAUGAGCUGCAAAUUGAUCAGUGAGGAUAUGACACUAUUGAUCAUCAACGAGGAGAACUCCAGCGCAACACGAGAGAGUUUGCAGAAGAAAUACGAUGCGGUGCGAAGUCAAGCCGCGGCAGGCGAGCGGGAUGUACUCGCACUCGUCAUCGAUGGCAAAUCCUUAGCCUUUGCCUUGGAAAAGGAUAUGGAGAAGUUGUUCCUCGAUUUGGCGGUUAUAUGCAAGGCAGUGAUCUGCUGUCGAGUAUCGCCGUUGCAAAAAGCUCUGGUGGUCAAACUCGUCAAGCGGCAUCUCAAGGCGCUUCUCCUGGCUAUUGGUGACGGCGCCAACGAUGUCUCCAUGAUCCAAGCUGCUCAUGUUGGUGUUGGUAUCAGUGGCGUGGAGGGUCUACAAGCUGCUCGCAGUGCCGAUGUCUCGAUUGGCCAAUUCCGGUAUCUCAGAAAACUGCUCCUUGUGCAUGGGGCUUGGAGUUAUCAACGCAUAAGCAAGGUCAUUUUGUACUCGUUUUACAAGAACAUUGCUAUGUUCAUGACGCAAUUCUGGUACGCAUUUCAAAACGCCUUUUCCGGCCAAGUCAUCUACGAAUCCUGGACUCUCUCCUUUUACAACGUCCUCUUCACAUUUUUCCCGCCUUUCGCCAUUGGCGUAUUUGAUCAAUAUGUCUCAGCUCGUCUUCUGGAUCGCUACCCGCAAUCCUAUUCGUUGACCCAGAAAGGCAUUUUCUUCCGCAUGCACAGCUUCUGGUCAUGGGUCGCCAAUGGCUUCUACCACUCCAUCCUCGCAUAUAUCUUUUCGAGCUACUUCUUUCUGAAUGACGGCAUUCUAUCUGACGGCAAGGUUGCGGGCCAUUGGGUGUGGGGUACCUCGACCUACACCGCAAUUUUGUUGGUUGUUCUCGGAAAAGCCGCGCUGAUCACGAACGUGUGGACGAAAUGGACCGUCCUGGCGAUUCCGGGGAGCUUUGUGAUCUGGUUGGCUUUCAUCCCCGCCUACAGUUACGCAGCACCAAACAUCGGGUCGGGAUUUUCGACCGAACUCGACGGGAUCAUUCCAGUCAUGUUUACGUACCCAGUUUUCUACGCACUAUGCCUCGUCCUCCCACCGGUCUGUCUUGUACGGGACUUUGCAUGGAAAUACGCUAAGAGAAUGUAUUUCCCGCAGAGUUACCACCACGUGCAGGAGAUUCAGAAAUACAACGUGCAGGACUAUAGGCCGAGGAUGGAACAGUUCCAGAAGGCGGUGAGGAAGGUGAGGCAGGUGCAGCGGAUGAGAAAGCAGAGGGGUUAUGCAUUCUCCGCGGGCGAUGAGAGCACGGGCGGACAGACGAUGAGAGUACUGAGUCUGUAUGAUACGACGAAACACAGGGGACGGUAUGGCGAGUUGGGCAGUGUCAAGGGAACGUCGACGGGCAUGUUGUGA